CUGCGAGCAGGAUUCGAACCUGCGCGGGGAAACCCCAUUGGAUUUCAAGUCCAACGCCUUAACCACUCGGCCAUCGCAGCUUCUACAUUCCUUCCAAUAAAAUUUGGCUGUAAAAAAUCUAAGGCAACCUUGCUCACUUAGCAACGUUUUGUAAUACCAUAGGGUCUGAAAAAAGUACGUCACUUGAAGUUCAGCAUGAAACGAGUAAUGAAGUCGCGUAAACCUGGCAAACAUAUAUUGCUGCCAUUAGAAAGGUCCGCUGUUAUGAGAAGGCAAAGAUUUAAGUUCGCUUAUGGCAAAAUACGCAUAUUGGUGGGGUGGGGACAUAUAAGAGUGAUUGUCAGUAGGCCUUGGCGGAUUGUGCUCCUAAAAGUGGCAUGUUAUGCUACUAGCAGUGCUCGAAAUUUUGCCAAAUUAUGCCAAAAUUAUGCCAGAAUUCCCAAAUUAUGCUCCUGAUUUCCGAAAUUAUGUUCACAAAGUGACGUAGAUUCUGUACAUAUAGGCGCGCAAUAACGACACCAAAUUAUGAUGUUUUCCAAAUAAACUGUUGUUGUAAAUUUAUUUGUGUUUUAUGGCAGUUUGUCUCGGCCCUCAGCUGUCCAAAUUAGCUGAUCGAAUCUCUGAACCGGUUGUAAAAUGCCUUCAACGACUUAACGGCCACACUUGUAUACAUGUAUACUGACUGAACCAAAAGAAUAUCGUACUCUCUUGAUUUAAACCAACUCAAACUAUAGCGAACUAUAACGUUGAAAGUAUCAAGCCAAGAAGUAAAUCAACUUGUCUUGACAGUUCUGAGUUCUUUCAGCACCAAUAAUUGUUUGAAUAAACAUGGCUAAGAAUAGUAUACACAAGUCAAUAUCAGCGCUUAUUGUACUGCAACAUUACGCUGGCCUGGAGAUAGUCUGCCAGAGCGCUGUCCUGCCAAUCGCUAAAUGCCGCUGAGAGUAGGAGAAGGCUCGCUCAGCUGCAGCAGAGGAUGGCUGCACCAAUAGAACCUGCUUCACUGCGGCCGAUUUAAUUUAUUUCUGUAGAAAAUACACCAUGUUUGCUAAAUUUUAUGAAUUUAUGCUCCAAAAAGUGCUAAAAUUUGCUAAUUAUGCCGUGGCAGUGCUCGUUUAAAAAAUUAUGCUUUUUUGCUCCAAUUAUGCCAAAAAUUAUGCUAGCACAAUCCGCCAAGGCCUAAUUGUCAGGCCUAGUAGUAGACUUAAAAAACGGAGACAAAUCUCGCAUUUCAUGGAAUUCGUCUCUUACUAUAGGCUCCCCGUAUCAGGUUGGAACCUUAAAAAGGUAACUAUGUAAUAUCAGUAGUUUUAUGGGUAAAAAUUAGAUAUUCGGAGAAAAAAUAAGACGUCGACAAAGAACGCACAUUUAUAAAAAUGAUUUAGAGCUAAAAUUAAACAUAAACAGAAAAUUAUUGAAAACAAAAUGCUGGAAGCACGCUGGAAGAUAGUAGGAAUUAAACAUGCGGAAACUACAUCAGAUUCUACUUUAUGUCUCUUUUUAUGUUCCGUGAUAGUACUGUUCGAAGCAUUUCGCCCAUCUUUUAAAAUAGCUCGUUCAAUUGAAAACAAACCUUACUUAGAAACCGUAACUAUGCUGUUAAGUAUUGGCAAUAACAGCAGCCAAUGAAACGCAAGUCUGAAGUCAAGACCCCUGAGAUUCGAAAGUAGGAUACAUGUAAAACGUUGACUUAAGAUACCCUUUCUUUUUAUUUUGAGCUUGUCGAAUAAUCAAAUAAUAUUUUCAGUUUUUAAGUAAACUAGGAUCGUGUUAUUUUCAGGGCCAAAAAACAUACAAGUUCAUGUUUUUUGUCGCAAGAUCACCAGAACCAGAAAAUUACAACUUCAUGUCUGUAACAGUAUUUUAAACCUUUGCAACCUUAAAUUAUUUUUAUUUUUUUCCCUUCUUGUAUAUUAAGCAUGGAUAUUAUUUACGUUGAACGUUUUUGUAAUAUUGAAUAUAAGUUAUGAGGUAGCAGUUGUGCCAACUGAGAUUGGUUAUCAUGACGUUGGCCAUGGUGUUCAAUGCUUUUAUAGCCACAGCAAAGGUAAGACAUCCGAAUGCAAAAGAUAGAUUGUGGUGAAAAGCAAUAUACUCUGAUGGCAUCGUUUUACUAUUACUAUACUACACUACACUACACUACACUACACUACACUAUGCUAAUUGCUAUGCUGUGCUAUACUCUGCCUUACUACUACUACUAUACUACUACUACUACUACUACUACUACUACUACUACUACUACUACUACUACUACUACUACUACUACUACUACUACUACUACUACUACUACUACUACCAGAAUCCUUCAGGGUUUUGCUUUCUUUUGGUAAUUAUACCUUUUUUUAUCACACCUUACCAGGAUUACCAAAUUUAAGUAUAAUCGAACAAAGGAAAUGAAUUCUGGUUUUAGUAGUCAAAAGACGUUAUCGACGUGAAAAUGGAUUACGCUAUUCCACACAACAAGUCCAAUAUUUCUCACAAUUACUCGUCGUGAUCAAGUAUUCUUCCAAUAAUGAACUCUUGUGCUUGACGUAUGUACGAUGUAAAGGUAUUUGUUGGAAGGUGGAAAUCGAAAAACUCAAUACGACAGAUAAUGCCACAGCACCAGUGCUUACUAAUCAGAAGCACCCGGCGUGGCACGCGUUAGAGGGGGAUCCAGGCGCAAGAAGAUCUUUUUCAAUUCAAGCCACGUGUUUUUCUCAAGGAAGAUUGCCUUUUGUCCUUUCAUAAAUUAUGUAUACAUAUGGAGGAAGAUACUGACGACAUAAGUAAUUGUAUACGAAACAGCUCUGUUAGGUAAAGUUAGAAGUCUUCGGAAACACAACUCCACCCAAACUGAAUUACUAAAAAUAUUACCAGAGGAGAAUACUUUGAUCUUAAACCAAAUUCUCUCAAAUAGUCUUAAAAGAAACGUAUGGAGCUAAGUCUGGAGAAUGUGUAUGUGGAUCUUGGGGCUUAAAGGGUUACAAAACUUCUCCGACUCCGAUCCCCCUCCUCGCGGGGAAUACGUGCAGCAUCGGAGCGAAACGAAGGAAAACAUUUGUACGCAGAGGUUAUCUGCUGUGCGCCAACGACGAUCUUCUGAAUUUGAUUCUUUUUAUAUACAUCAAUUACCAUGUUUCAUUUACUUUUUUAGAAAAAUAAGUGUAGUAAAAAUGAUUACCGCUGCGAGCAGGAUUCGAACCUGCGCGGGGGAACCCCAUUGGAUUUCAAGUCCAACGCCUUAACCACUCGGCCAUCGCAGCACCUAUACGUGAUGAAUUUGACUCUAAAUGAUUUAAAGUAACCUACCCUCACUUAGCAACGCUCCUAAUGUACAUAGUGGGAAGAAAAGCCACUUUGAAAAAGAGUUUACGAAACAAGUAAAUCGAACAGCGCGUUUGUUGCUAUACUGUUAGAAAAUCAAAGAAGGAAGAUUAAUGUGUAGGGGGGGUGGGAAUUUAUAUAUAGUUUAUAAGGCCUAGAGGUAUAGCAGGAAAACGAAGAAAAAUAAUUCAGUUUCUUGAUCGACGAACCUUGAGUCACUGUAUAGCCAUGGGGACACACCCAUGUUGCGGUGGUCUUUGCUGUUUAUGAGCUCCCAUCAUCGUUAGGAUCGAUGACCAGCUGCUCUUCGGGAACUUUGAACCCACACAUCUCCACGAAUUAGGUUGGAACCUCAAAACUGACAAAUGGACUGAAAAUAAGAAAAUAGAAUAAAAAAUAUAAAGGAAAUUCUUCUGGAAAAUAAGUGAUUAAAUGAUAAUUAAACUUGCGCUGAACGCACGCAGGCAGUUUAAUAAUUGAGGCCUUUUUUAAAUAUUCCAAGUUAGAUCUAAUCACUUAAACUUGCUAAAGCUAUCAGCAAAAAGGAAGUUACGCUGCGAGAAGGAUUCGAACCUGCGCGGGGAUACCCCAUUGGAUUUCGAGUCCAACGCCUUAACCACUCGGCCAUCGCNUGA